AUGCUCAGCAUUGAUGAUAUAAUAGGAGAAAAAGACCUUGUCCAGUUGUUCAGGACGAUCGUGAGGAAUAGAGAGGCAUUGGUUCCGAGCAAGCAACGCAUUAUAAAGAGAAUAAGGGAGUUUGGGCCCUUAUCCGUAGAAGAUCUUGAAGGACUCUGUGACGAGGACAUUUUAGCAGAGCUGGAGGGGAGCAGAAGAUGGUCUAUUCUAAGAAGAGUCAGGAAAGACAGGCAUUGA